UAAAGGUGGUGGUGAAUCCUUUCAGAAAUUCAUUCUCUCCUCCUGCUUUUGGAUUUAGACACAGACACAUAUAUACAGACACUGUGAUGGACUUUGGCAAGCUGAGCUGCAUCUGGAUAAACACUCUAAUAUCUCAAACUGAACUGAAGCGACCCUGAAGCGAUUGUUGCUACAGUUGAUCCACAAUACACACUUUCACACAAUUUUUGGUCCUUCAAGCCAGACCCAAGCAACUGCUUCAGUCCAAGAUGUUCAGGCCAGAUGAGAGAGACCCAGAACGAGAUGUGGACUGUCCACGCCGACGCAGGCACCUGCCAUCAUAUGUUCAGGACUUUGAGGUCAAGGCACAAGGCAGCCAACGUUACACAAUUGAGGAGCUCACUGAGCAUCUGAAGCAAGCAGGAUUACCUAGUCAGGAUGCAGCGCUUUCAGCAGCUACUUCAGGUGAAUCAUCCUCUAGCUUCGAAGAUGCCUUUAUUCAAAUAGCAGAUAGAAUGUCCUCUUCGUCUGAAGGUUACAGUGCAGAGGAACAGAUGUACCAACAAGAAGGCAGGGAGUGUUUUUCACCUGGUGCUGUUCCCCGUCUACCUGAUGACAAGGUCUGCCCUCUUCCUGAUGAGGGUUAUCAACGCCACUUUGGCAACCAUAGUCGGCCCACAAGCUCUUGUCAGCCUAGCGGAAGAGAACAUGAUCACUACGAUUGGCAAGAUGGGAGACACAAUCUUCCUAAAAGGAGGAAUUGCCCUGAGGAUCGCAAUCGUCCUAGUGGACGCCAUAGGGGUGUUAAAGGGUUAGACUCAGGGUUAGAGAAGUAUUGUGAACCAAUGCCAACAAUCCCCAACUUUGUACAUGAAGACCCAGGAGAGUUUCUAAAAUUUAAGCUUGCGUUGGACUGCAUAGUCCCAGCUGAUGCUUCAGAGGGUUUUAAGUACCAGGUACUGAUCAACCACCUGAAGUAUGAAGAUGCACUGCUCGUUGCUGAGUCGUAUAGCAACAGCCUGUCCCCAUUCAGAGAUACCAUGAGAGCCCUCACUGAGAUGUUUGGUCAACCUCAUCAGUUGGCCUCGAAGCGGAUCUCAAAUCUGAUGGAUGGACCCAACAUCAGGACUGGGGAUGUCAAAGCCUUCAGGUCAUUUGCUGUUCAAAUCCGUGCACUUGUGGGAAUAUUGCAACAGAUGGGAAGACAGAGCUGGACGGAGCUGGACAGCUUCUCACAUGCAACUGGCCUCUUAGGUAAAUUGCCCUACGACCUAAGAGCUAACUUCUACAGAUUUGUUCAAUUUAUCCACAAUCCUGUACCAAACCUGCUUAAUCUGGCUGAGUGGCUUGAGCAUGAGAUGCGUGUACAGGUGAAUGGAAGCCAGGGCUGUACCAACUCAGGUCAGGAGAAGCAAGCUCCAUGCAAAGACCACCGCACUAAUUACAAGUGUAGGAAGACUACCACUAGUCUCCAUGGUAGCGAGCAGAGUGGAAAGUCGGAGACUGCCGUAACUGUAGCUGCAAAGGAGACGACACAGGAGACGCCAAAGAAGUUCUGUCCCUUCUGCGACACUGUGCAGCACCACAUGAGUCAGUGCAGCAACUUCAAAUUAUUGUCAAGGGAGCAGAAGACGGAGUGGAUCAAAACAAACCACAGAUGUUGGAGAUGUGGCCGUGAGCAUCAGCCGGCAAAGUGUACCCUCAAAGCCAAGUGCAAACAGUGUAAAAGAAAGCACCUUGAGGUUCUUCAUGAGGUCAAUACCAGCCAAAGUGCAGCAGCAUCUGGAAGGAAGUUGCCGGGUCACUUUAGGCCACUGGUUGCUGAUUGGUCGGAGGAGGAUGUGCAGACUUGGCUGCACGAGGAAGGACUAGAGGAGCUUGUCGGCAUCUUUAAAGCCAACAACAUCGAUGGACCGGAGCUUAGCCAGCUGGACAAGGAAACAGCCGCAGAGCUGGGAAUUGAGUCGGUGGGCCUGCGCGGUCGUCUCCUGAGGAAGACAGAGGCCUUGAAGUCAGAGCAGAGCGACUCAGAGGUUCCUGAUGAGUUUAUGUGUCCAAUCACCACAGAGCUGAUGAAGGAUCCAGUCAUUGCUGCAGAUGGUUAUUCCUAUGAGCGAGAAUCCAUCGAGACUUGGAUCAGAGGCAAGAACAAAACCAGCCCCAUGACGAACCUGGCCCUGCAGACCACCCUCCUCACCCCCAACAGAUCCCUGAAGAUGGCAAUAACCCGGUGGAAGUCGAGCCAGUAGACGGCGGCUCAUCUUAGCUUGUUUGUCAGAAUCCACCAAACAGGUACUACAUCAUUAAUCACUAAUUACUCUUAUUACUUAUUGAUAUUAGCAAUUACAAUCAUCGAGUUUGUUCAAGGUGCCUCUCAAGAGAAAAGAAACUAAUCCCACUCACCAAAAUGCCUAAAUAUACACUAUCCACUCGUAACAAUCAUCCGUCUUUAAGAAAUGACUGAACCCUUGUUCAUUUCUCUGGGGCCCUGUCUACCCCCCCCUUCAUUUUCUUUAUUCCUUUCUUUACAUUGCUAUAAUCUCAUUCUUAGAAUAUUACACCUAUUUUUUUUAUUGAUCACUACUAUUAUUAUUAUUAUUUAAAAAAUAGUAUUACAGUAGUCAUUAUUAUUGAUAAUUUUUCAUUUUUUAUAUUUUAUCUUCCUUUUCCCUCUUCUCCACCCCUUCGAAUAAUUCUUUAAUUCAACUUAAUUCCUUAGCAUUACUGUCGAUAUUUCAUACCACUAUGACCCCGUCAAUGUUAUUAAAAAAAGAAAGGAAUACUGUCCAUAACAAAACACUUAACGUAGCAUUUGUUGGCUAAUGUUAGCCUGAUUUAACAUGUAACAUGUUGGUUACAGCUGCAGUUAUAUUGUAAGGUCUCCAUCUCACUAUGUAAAGUGCCUUGAGUUGAGGUAAUGUAUGAUGUGAUUUGGCACUGUUCAAAUAAAAUUGAAUUGAAUUA